AAGUUCCUGCAGUCGUCCUGGGAUAUUCUGGGGAGAACGAAAAUGUCAGUUUUAGCUCUCAACUUGUUGAUUUGUUGAAAGUCAACGUCAUCCGCGUAUAUUUAAACCUCUUCCUCCCACAUCUGAUAUUUACAUACGGCAGCCUGCAUUUUCGCCAGAGUCUGGUGUAUUUUCCUUUCUGUGUGUGUGUGUGUGUGUGUUUGUGUGUGUUGUGAGUGUGUGUGGGAGGGUGUUCGCUACUCGGAGGAGCGGCGAGAUGGCUCUGCCGGAUAGUCCCUGCGAACUCCCGAACGGGGAGUCUGCUUUCCCGGCCGUGGUGGAGCUGAACGUCGGGGGGCAGGUGUAUGUGACUCGCCACCGGACCCUGGUGGCCGUGCCCGACUCCCUGCUCUGGAACAUGUUCAGCCGCAGCAACCCCAAGGAGUUGCCCAAGGACAGCAAGGGUCGCUUCUUCCUGGACCGGGACGGCUUCCUAUUUCGCUACAUCCUGGACUACUUGAGGGAUCUCAGGCUGGUUCUGCCCGAUUACUUUCCGGAGAGGUGCAGGCUGCAGAGGGAAGCGGAGUUCUUCCAGCUUCGGGAGCUGGUGGGUCAGCUGGCGGCCAAGGACGGCAAGUUGGCGUCCCUCCCCGAGCGCUGGAGGGGCGAGCAAGAAGAAGCGGGCAGAGAGGGGGAGAAGCCCAGCCCGGUCACGCCGUCUCUCCCACUGACCUUCAGCGGCUCCCCGCAAGCGGACAGCAGCCAGACCAGGAGAUCGGGCUACAUCACCGUGGGUUACCGGGGCUCCUACACCAUCGGGCGGGACUGCCAAGCCGACGCCAAAUUCAGGAGGGUGGCCAGGAUUACCGUGUGCGGUAAGACCUCUCUGGCCAAGGAAGUGUUCGGGGAGACCUUGAACGAGAGCCGGGACCCCGACCGCCCUCCCGAGAGGUACACGUCCCGCUACUAUCUCAAGUUCAACUUUCUGGAGCAGGCGUUUGACUUGUUAGCCGACGCCGGUUUCCACAUGCUGGCGUGUAGUUCUACUGGGACUUGCGCCUACGCCAGUGACCAGGGAGAGGAUAAGAUCUGGACCAGUUACACCGAGUAUGUCUUCUGCAGAGAGUGAGCGAGCCGGACUGCCUGUCCGCCCCACUGACACCAACCUCUCCCAAUGCCAUGUUGCCUGCCUAUUCUGUUCCAAUGAUCCGGACUACCCCUACAGAAUGGGGCUGUAGUUAACCCUUCGUAUGUGUGUGUGUGUGUGUGAGAGAGAGAGAAAGAGAGUACUAAGGUAGAACAGUUUAGUUAGGCGCGGGAAGCCCUUGAGAUCAUAGGCACGUCCAAACGCAGCGUCAACGAGCACAAGCGAAAUAAAGCAUUGCUAUUGGAAACUAUGGUUCAAAUAUGUUGCUUUAUUGAUCCCGAUAAGAAGUUGUCGGCCUCACAGACAGACGGCACUUAGUAAUUUUUAUUUCCCCGCAAGUAGUCAGGGUGCAGCACUUGACUCUCAGCUGCCUCUUGCAUCUCACUUUCAUCAACUUCCCCGCCCCGCCUCUGGCUAACCUUCCACUUGUUCCGGAGAAGCAGCGGUGUUGCUGGUGUUCGGGAGAGAGGGGCAUCAGAUUUCAGAGUCUUGUCAUGUAGACCUCUGCUUAAAUCCCUAAAUCUGGUGUCCAUUAUGUCACAUCUGACCACGUUUAAAACAAAACAGACCGAGGAAAGCAUUAGACCGUUUAUUACGCGUGACCAGUGGUAUGAGAUUUGACUGUUUGCAGUGUGCACUAUCGUUUCUGAGUCCGAAAGAGCGUUUAACCUUGCUUUUUAACCUGCCACUUUGAAAACUGUAUAGCCAUAGCUUAAACUUGCACAUUUAGGACAAGAACUCUGAAAAUGGUAUGAUUUUUUUUCACGAUUUGAUGUUGUGGUAGCGGCAGUUCGUGUCAUUGCAGUUACUUCUAAAUAUAUGGUAUAGAACUUAAAGUCAUUUUGAGUAAUACCGCAAAUGGUUUCCAUAUAUCUAACAGGAAACUUCUCUUCCUCAUUUUUUAUUUGCUGUAAAUGAAACAUGUUAAACAAGGAUUUAGUAUUUCUCAUUAAGAAUGAGACGAUCUCGUCAGGCGUUGAGAUCUAUUGUAGAAUCACCCCAUUAGUUUCUUGGUUUGAAUAUUCAGAAUGAUUACCUUGAAAUUUGGGACCAAUAUUGCACUAGAAUGGUGUUUGGGACCUGCUUCUUUUCGAUUGUAUAAAGCAGGAAAUACCUUCCAGAGUGCAAUCAUAGAAAUGGCAAUUGUAUACGAAAAGAGAAAGAUAAGACAUAGAAGGGGAAAAUCAAAUGGCUGACAAGGGGAUAUAAAAGUUAAAUAAAACUAGUGGAAUAAGGAGAAGAAAAUGAACAGAUCAUGGGGAAACUAUGGAAAACAAAGACAGAACUUAGCAAGGGAUUUCUGAACUUAUAUGUAAUUACAGUUCCUGGACCCUGACACUUGAUAAUCAGGAUAGAUCACUUGAAUUAUAUUUAGGUUAUAGAUCACUGUCAUGUUCUUUCUUUCCUGAACAGUUUUUCUUUGGCAACUUUCUUUCUUUCCUCCUCCACUGAAGGCAUUAACCACCGACUGGGACUUGGCUGUCAGUGUUAGCAGUCAAAGCAGUUAGCAGUGUUAGCAAGUUGUUGUUGUGCCAGGUAUGGCUAAUCAGAAGCCAUUGAGCAUUAAUCUUGAGAAUCAGCUGUACAAUGGAUAGUCUGGAAAGCUGCAGUCAUUAUGAAUUUCAUUGGAUAAUUUCUUCAGGAAAAUUCCGGUGCACCCAGUUGACAUAAAAUUUCCAAAUUGCAACUUUGAGCUUGCAAGACACAAUGUUUGUGAGAUUUAAACCAAAUUUUGUGGUAAAUCUUAUUCAUAUUCACUUACUUUUCACAGUUACUACUUCCCACUCUUUAGCCCACAAUAUAGGGGAAUAUAAUUAACUCUGAUUUUUUUUUAUUUCAACAAUCAACAUGUAUUUCACUCGUGAUUAGGAAGCUUGAAAGUAGGGUACAGCAUAAAAAGAAUGGCUUCUGUUAAUGUUUGUACUGAUAUUGAAGCAAGGACUUCCAGAUUGAUGGCUGUUAGAUUCUGAUCAGUUACAUUUAAAGAAAUCAUAAUCUUUUUCAAGAAUAGGAAGGAAAUCAAAUGUCUCACUACAAAGGGCAUUAUUGUGUUUGAUUUUACGGGAGGGUAGAAGAGUGUGGAUUAAUUCGUGCACCACCAUUGCUCACAGGGAGGGAUUCAUAUGUUAGCUCUGUUGCACGGGAAGCCAGCAAGUAAGAUCCACAGAGAAAGAUAGAUAAAGAUAUUCUCAGGCAUCAUGCUAAGUAAAAGGCAGAGUCGCACUGAUCAAGGAUUAGGACCUAGCUGACUGCUCUUCACAGGAGCAAGGAGUGUGAGACUGAGUGGAAUGCUUAAAACAGAUGCAAUCUGGAACUAUAAGUACACAAGCAGAGUAUUUAUGAAGAAAUAAGUUUAGCAAUGGAAUAUUUUGUCUAUCUUCAUGCUGAAAGCAAUUCUGAUAGUUUCAAAAGUUUAACAUGUUUACAGAGAUCUAAUUUGGACAAUCACAUUUUUAGAUCUGUCCAAAUAACUUAAGACACUUGAACAAAUUUAUCAUUCCAUUGCCAACUUUGUCUCUUGACUGUCCUCUAUAUGUGGCUUCUAGGUGAGAACUCGAGUAGCAAGGCAUCUGUAAGGUGGCUGUUGUAAAUUUCCUGUCCCAUCCUCACAGCUGCUGUAUCAGUGGACAUUCAUUUACAAAGCCGCCAAGGAAUGGGUCAGGCCAGACAGACUGUGUGUUCAGCUGUUAUGAGGUUCUUUGUAGGCAUAUUAGUUUUUAUUUAAUGUAUGUUCACAAACUGACAAAAUAUAAAGCAGUUGCUGGUAUCCAGUUGGGCGGAUGGAUCACUCAUUGAUCAAACGACGUUGUAGGUUCGUAGUGUGAUGGUUUUAUUCCAUGCUCUGUUUGUGGACUGUUUAAAACAGUGUGGAUUGGUAGAAAUCUGGAUGUAAUUGAGAACUUUAUUGUAAAGCAGGCGACACCAUGUCAGCAGAGAAAAAUGAGAAACAGUUAAACAACAAGUGUUUUGUAAUUUCUCAAUGAUGUAAUGAGGAACAACAACCAUAUAAAGGAGCCAUAUUGUUUGUAAAUCUGUAAUGCACUGAAUCUUUACAAUUGGAUAUUUAAACAAUGUUGUUUAAAUUUCUCUGCUGUCACGUAGCUUUCAUCUUCAUUUUAACUAAUGUCACCAUGUUAAGUGCAAGUCAUGGCUCAGUUGAUAUUUGCAUCAAGGAAGUUAUAGGCUUAAAUCCCACCCCAGCGCUCAAAAAUCUUGGCUAAUUCUUCAGUGUAGUACUGAAGGAAUGCUAUAUCAUUAGAGGUGUCAUCACUUGGAUGUGAUUGUUAAGCUAAUGUCUUGCUGCACCCUUGGGUGGAUUUAAAAUGUUCCAUAGCACUGUUUUGAAAAAGAGCAGUGGAAUUGUUAUCACUUUUGGCCAAGAUGUAUUACUCAACCAAUAGAUUAUCUGGUCAAUAACACAUUGCUGUUUGUGGGAUUAAGCUAUGCACAAAUUAGUAGUGGUACUUUCUUCAUCACAAUAGGAAUAACAAUUCAGAAAAGUAUUCAUUAACUGUAAAGCAAUUUGAGGAAUCCAGAAUACAUGAAAGCAACUAUUUUCCUUUAUCACCAUACUGGUAGGGUACUAAGCAGAAACUCUAUUGUGAAAAAUCUAAUGAUUCUUACAUCUGCAUAUAAUACUUGGCAAAAUAUGUUUCCAGCCAAUUUAAUCCAGUCACUGAAUAACAAUUGCCUCAUGAUGCCCAAGAUAAAUUUCUAAGAAAGCAAUUUGUAAUACCUAAAAGGAGGAUGUUAUUUAUCAGAACAUUUUAUUUUAAUUGGAGGAGUUUCAAUAGUGAGAGGCAAGUGAAAGGCCAGACAUUGGUCACAAAAUAUAGAAUCUCACUAUUAUCCUGGAGCAGUUUUAGCAUUGAUGCAUUAUUAAUGAGCUAAAGAAUAUGUAUCUUUUGAAGUUAAUGAUUAAGUAAUUUCACCAAGCGAGACCAAAGAGUUAAACCCAGAAUAGCAUUUCAAAGAUUAGGAUUAGAGACAUAAAUUACAAUGAAUUGAAUGAAAUCUUACAUAAAAAUUAACUUCCUUAUUGAAGGACUGAAAAAUGAUUGAAAGAAUCCAGCAAAAUGAAAGUUGGGUAGUUUUUACAAGGGGUAACAUCUGCUCUGUCAGUUUAUUGCUGAAGAGAUGAAGGUUAAAGUAAUAUUUUCUCUCUUCACCAGAAGACCUAAACCUUUCAAAAUGUAGUUAUUUUGAUGUACACAAGACUGAACUGUAUUUUUGUUUUAUUAAAUACUUCUAAAACUAUAAGAUGUUAUACUGAAAACGUUUCUGUACAAAGAUGUGUCUGCUUAGCCAUUUCCUGGUGAUUGCAAAUUGUGAUUUUUGUCACACUGAUUUUAAUUAAACACUGUAUUUCAAAAUGGUCA